AUGCCAGAUCGACUUAUCGCGGACUACAUGCCAGGGAAAUUGGUGGGACAAUCCCUAAACCGCUGGAAACGAGCAAAUGGCACCCUUACAUUUGAUGGCAUCACCAAGAACUACACCCUCUGUACCAUCGAAUUCCACCUACCAGCAGACCUAAAGCCACCGGUUCUCUUUUAUUACCAUCUUGUCAACUUUCACCAAAACCAUCGCAAUUAUGGAACUUCACGGCAUGAUAAACAACUGAAGGGGGAAAGCACUAGUCUCGAGUUGGUCAAAGGUUCAGCUUGCAAGGACGUCGCUGUUUUCAAGUCCGGAAAUGAAGAUGAAGAAAAGCCCAUAUACCCCUGUGGUCUCAUUGCAGCAUCGUACUUCAACGAUACAUUUGGAUAUCCACAGCGCAUCAAUUCCGGAACGAGAGAAGUUGUCCCUUACAAUAUGUCUAAAGAUGGCAUCGUCUCGAGACAUGACAGGUCUCUUUACAAACCCAGUACCUACAAUGUCACGGCCUCGCCCGUCAACUGGAAAGACAGCCCUGUCGUGCCACCUCCAAGUUGGGCAGAGCGGUACCCCAGAGGGUAUCACAAGGGUAACAUGUUUGAUCCAUCAAUGGAUGAGUCCUUCAUGGUAUGGAUGCGGACGGCAUCUUCACCUAGAUUCUCCAAGCUUGCAAUGCACAACGACCAUGAUAUCAUGGAGGAAGGUCUAUAUCGCCUUGAAAUCUUCUCUCACUUCCCAACACAGAAGAGCGGAGGUAGGAAGUCAGUCAUUAUAUCUACCAGAUCCCCCGGUGGUGCUCACAAUCCCUUCCUUGGCUGGGCCAAUAUCGGUACUGGCGCUGCCUGUCUACUGCUUUCCGCCUUCUUUGCUCUGUCGUCCUUGUGGCAAAGAACUCCACUGGUUUACCACAGCUACCUUCACGAAAACUAUUGA